GGACAAGGAGCAUUUGGACAUUACAUAAGCAUCAAUCUGGGCUUUGGGCUGGGUGUCGCGCUCGGGUGUCAUGUCGGAGGCAAAGUUUCAGGCGCUCACAUGAACGCGGCGGUGUCCUUCGCCAUGUGCGUGUAUGGCCGCCUCGCGUGGAAGAUGCUCCCGCUCUACUUUUUGUCACAGCUGCUGGGGUCCUUUUUAGCCGCGGGGUCGGUUUACGCUGUGUAUUAUGAGGCAAUACAUGACUAUUGUGGAGGGAAUUUGACUGCCACCGGUGCCAAGGCUACCGCUGCUAUCUUUGCCACCUAUCCGGCCCCGUAUCUCUCUUUGUUGGGCGGAUUCAUUGACCAAGUACAGUGUGCAUAACAUUGAGUUUAUGAGACACCCUUGACAGAAA